GUCAGAGGGCACGUGGCGCAGGUGUCAUGGCGGCCUCCGCGCUGGGCGCUGCCUGGGGCCCGCUGCGGCUCGGCAUCUCUGGCCUGUGCCGCAGUCGGCCGCCCCGGGGGCUGUGCGCGCGCGUGCGGCGGCUGCCUGGGCCCGAGGUGUCCGGGAGGAGCGUGGCCGCUGCCAGCGGACCGGACGCCUCGAGCACUGGCCACUACUGCCUGGAGCUGCUGCGGAAACGAGAUUAUGAAGGUUAUUUAUGUUCCCUGCUGUUCCCUGCAGAAUCCCGAAGCUCUGCUUUUGCACUGCGGGCCUUUAAUGUGGAACUGGCUCAGGCUGGUUACUCUUGCUGCUGUAUUACUGUACUGUAUGCCACUAGGUUCCCGACACUAAACAUUGAAACCCACCCAGCUCCAGGAUUUUUUGUGUCUUUUGUCAAUGAUCUGUGUCCCCUUUGUAAUCCAAUAAUUGACAAAAGAGGGUUUCUGUACCAGGAGCCACCUGCAGACCUGACAGUGGUACAUGUCUUCUCAGGUCUGUGUACCUGCAGAGGCAGGCCCAAUAAAGAUGGAAAGCCAGACUUCCCACACUGGGGACUUAGAAGAAAAAGUGGAUGGGAAGCUGCUGUCAAAAGACAUCAUCUGACUAAAAGAUGGCUUAUGAAAAUCAUUGAUGAAAGAGAAAAAAAUUUAGAUGACAAAGCAUAUCGUAAUAUCCAGGAACUGGAAAAUUAUGCUGAAAACACCCAGAGUUCUCUUCUGUAUUUAACAUUAGAAAUAUUGGGUAUAAAGGAUCUUCAUGCAGAUCAUGCCGCAAGUCACAUUGGAAAAGCACAAGGCAUUGUCACUUGCUUGAGAGCAACGCCAUAUCAUGGUAGCAGAAGAAAGGUGUUUCUUCCCAUGGAUAUUUGUAUGCUGCAUGGUGUUUCACAAGAGGACUUUCUACGGAGGAAUCAAGAUAAAAAUGUGAGAAAUGUAAUAUAUGACAUUGCCAGCCAGGCACACUUGCACCUAAAGCAUGCGAGGUCCUUUCACAAAAGUGUUCCUGUGAAAGCAUUUCCUGCUUUUCUUCAGACAGUUUAUCUAGAGGACUAUCUAAAGAAAAUUCAGCAAGUGGAUUUUGAUGUAUUCCACCCAUCUUUACAGAAGAAAAAUACAUUACUUCCAUUAUAUUUAUAUUUUCAGUCAUGGAGAAAAAGAUAUUAAAAUAAUAUCAUGGCACAGAUAUUAAUUUA